UCUUUGCUGGUCAAGGGCGAUGAGCCGUCCCUUUGCCGUUCCUUAUCUGUUAAAUUACGGGAGUCUGGAAAUGAUGCGUGGCGCAAUGGUGAAGCGAAAACAGCUUUGAUUGCGUACAAUAAAGCCCUGAUGGCAGCUGUGGAUGACGAACAGAAAUCUUUUGUCUAUGCCAAUCGGGCUUUGGUUCUAGCAUCGCUGAACAUGCAUUCUUCGGCAUUGAAAGACAUAGAACGUGCUCUGCAGCACAAUUACCCGGCUGAUCGACAACCUCGAUUACUUGCUCGUCGAGCCCAGUAUCUACUCGCGUUGGGCCGAGUUCAAGAAGCCCGGGACGGUUUCUUAGCGAUCACACAGCAAUUUAACAAUCUGACAACUGCCUCCGACGCGUUGAGUAAGCAAAUCCAGACAGGGUUGUGCAAAUGUGAGAAACUUCUGAAAGACAAAGGGACAUUCACAAAUUCUUCUGAUCCUGCUUUGGCUGCGAUAAAAUAUUUCAACACUGAUCAAUUGAUCACAACUGUUCGUCCGAACCAGUCGCCAUUAUAUGAAGUGAGCUAUGGUGGGGAUGCUGUCGGCUGGCAGUUGAUCGCUGCCAAGGAAAUUAGACCGGGUGAGUUGAUCACAAUGGACAAGCCGUAUGCGCGUCGUCUUCAUCUUUCCUGUGCGUCAUCACACUGCUUUCAGUGUUUUCGUCGUACGAUCAAUCCGGUACCUUGUCGUCGUUGCGCUUACGCGAUAUUUUGCUCGGAAUCAUGCGAACUAGCAUCAUGGAAACCUGCUUGGUCGGAAUCCGUGAAUGGUGUACAUGAUUCUAGCGUCCAGGACAAACCGUGUCAUCGGUUCGAUUGCGGUCAAGCCCCACGAUUGUCUUUGACUGACUAUGCGGGCUGGAAGUUCUUGCACAGCAAGCGAGGUGACCGAGCGAAUUCCGACUCGCUGAAAAAGUAUCGAACCUGUUUACUGUCCUUACCUUUGGCUGAUUGCAUUGGCGGCCCUGAGGUAGCGUCCUUAGCGUUCACGUGUGUGGCUCGUACUUCGCCGUCGACUAUUCAGAACCUCGUUCAGGCGUUUCAAAUAGCGUCUGCUGAGGAAGCCCCACUCACUGCCUUGCCGUGGCGAAAAUGUUUUCCCACCAAAGUGACAGGACAAAAGCUAACAUCCGGGGCUAUAACCAUGUUGGUGAACAAUUGGCUGUUUACUUAA